GUAACAGUAGUGUGUAUGCAUGACUUCCAAUAGUAACAGUAAUGUGUAUGUAUGACUUCCAAUACAGAGAUUUUUCAUUGAAUUCCAAAUAAUUGAACGUCAGCAUAACCAGCUAACCUUGCUAUAAAUUCUCUCUAGUCCUUUGUCAAUAAUACAAUCACAACAAGCCUACAAGAUUGCAGCCAGACUCAACUCACUCAAGAAUCUACGGCCAACCGCGACAUAGACUAGCAGGGAACUUUGAAAAGAUCGAUGGAUGGAUUGGCAAAGAAGACAGAGAAUGGAAAGACGUCCAUAGAUGUGGGGAAGUUGAAGAGUACUAAACAUGACUGCCACUAUUCUCCCACCAGUGAUCAAACUUUGCGUUCAAAGUCGGAUUCACAGCUGGGUUAUCAGAAAACUGCGACUCAAACGGAAUUAUUUGGCUCAGUAUCGCAGGAACUUACAAUAAUGGAUGAACCGGACAAGUGGUGUAUCUACAGGGUUCCUAGCAAACUCCGCAAUGUAAAUGAAGCAGCAUACACUCCUCAGUUACUUUCCAUCGGACUCUUCCACCAUGGAAAACCAGAACUGGAGGACAUGGAAACCCAUAAGAAAAUGUAUACCGAGAAUUUCUACUUGCGUUCUUGGAAAAGUAAGGAUGAUCUAAAAAGGUUCAUCAGGGACCGUAAGGAAAAAAUUCUGCGGUGUUAUGCAGGGACUAUCAAGAUUCCCAUCGAAAAGGAUCCUGUGGAGAUAAUUUUAGUUGAUGCCUGCUUCAUCAUUGAGCUCCUUUUGCUGAACUCCAUAACAAAGAAUCAUGAAAAUGAUUACAUAUUAAGAUCACCAUGGCUGAGGAAAGCUGUUGAGCAGGAACUGAUACUUUUCGAAAAUCAGCUUCCUUAUUCUCUUCUUGAGGACCUAUAUGAAUUUGCUCAGCCCGUCCGUUUACAUUACCAAUCUCGCAAAGGACCACAAGCACAAGAACAGCCCCAGGAAUACAGCACAGGUGAUCAAGACAGUCCCCGUGAUUCUUUAGAGAUUGUCAUCCAUGAUGCUAAACCAGUUCAUAAUAAUUUUUUGGAGCUUGCCAGCAAGUUCUUCAAAGAUCAUAAUGAGGGAAAGGUCAUCACUAGUGGCGUAAAACCGAAACACUUCACGGAUCUGGUAAGACAUUUUAUGUGUUCAGAACAUAAGCAAUGGAAACGUACUACCAUAAAAAAUGUUUACAAUAUGAAGAAGCUGGCGGCAGCAGGAGUGAACUUUGAACCAAUAAAAGAAGAUGCACGCCUUUUCAUUGAACGAGAUAAGGAAGCUGCUAGUAAAUGUAAGUUGAACUUUACAUGUUUUAAUAAUAUGAACCUGAAGCUCACAGAAUUACGUGUAAAGGAUGACACAGAAUGUAUUGUUCGAAAUGUUAUGGCCUUGGAGCAGUUUGUGUACCCGAAGGAGACGUAUGUCUGUAAUUACUUUCUGCUAAUGGAUCAGCUUGUGGACACUGUGGAAGAUGUCGAUUUUUUGGUUGCCAGAAAAGUUAUCGUUAACAUGCUAGGCAGCAAUGAAGCAGCGGCAAAUAUGAUUAAUGGACUUUGUGAUCAUAUCAUGGAAGAAAGCUCCUGCUAUGUUGACAUCUGUGAGGACCUUAACAAGCACUACGAGAGUUCUUGGAACCGUCAUAUUGCAACCCUGAAAAGAGUUUAUUUCAAGGAUCUUUGGACAGCCAGUUCAACUAUACUCGGAUCUGCUGUCCUGGUUUUCUCAAUCAUUGGAUCCAUUCAAUCAUUCAAAAGCUUUUAGAUUUAUAGUUAUUAAUGGAAAGCAUGAAUAUAACUAGCCUUCAUCCAUACAUGUUAUGCAUGUGUAAAAGAUGUGUAAAGUACUUUUUUUUGUUGGAAGAAAAUAAAAAGGGUUGUUCUAUUUGGAUCUCA